GCAUUCUAUUGUAGCUCAAGAGCGUGCUUUGAAGAGUGAAUGCUGGACAUCUACUAUAGCUGCGUGAUUUCGAUAGAAAGCCCCUGCAAAUCAUUCGGUGUGAAGCUUUGAAUCGUCGGAAUAGCUCGGAAAAAGUCAAGAAAUGGUGCUGGAAUCGUGGCGAAGACCCUCGGGAAACAACAUGGGCUGGUUCAAUUUGAAGUCGAUGCUGCUGCUGUCGUUUUUGACGUUCAAGUUGAUCGAGUGGUCUAGCUACUGGCUCCCUAUAUGGGACAUGCUUUCUUACGUCAUGAUACUUGGUGCUUCGUAUUGGUUCGGAUUCGUGGCGUAUAGAUGGCUCAAGAGAGACUAUCUCGCUCUGAAGAUCGCAAGCUAUCGUAAAGCUGUCCUGAUAACAGGAUGCGACACAGGAUUCGGAAACAUGCUCGCCCGGAACCUCGCUCCUCGAGGUUUUCAGGUCUUGGCCGGCUGUCUCGAUCCGCAAUCAUCUGAAUCUCUCAAACUGCAAGCCAUCCCGAAUAUUGACGUGAUAGGACUCGACGUGACGGAACAAUAUAGUUGCGAGGAGGCUUUCAGAGAAGCGGCGUUGAAACUCGAAAAAUCCCAGAAUGAUCUUUGGGCAGUCAUUUGCAACGCCGGCGUGUGCGAAAUCGGCGAACUCGAGUGGCAGAGCUUUGAAGCCAUUCAACGAGUUCUGGAUGUGAACGUCAUGGGGACCAUUCGCACAGUGAGGACUUUCCUCCCGAUGCUCCGGAAGACGAAAGGGAGAAUCGUGCUCAAUGCGAGCAUAUUGUGCAAUUUUUCUAGUCCCGGCUUCGUCGCCUACUCGAUGAGUAAGGCAGCCGUAGCCUCUCUUGGCGAGGGUUUGAAGAGGGAACUCCAGGUCUGGGAUAUUGAUGUCUGCACUGUGCAACCGGUCUUAUACAACACUGGACUGCUCCGCUUGGACGAGGUCAAAUCAGAAUUCCUGAAUGAAGCUAUCAAUAAGCUGCCCGAGAACUUGCGACAGGACUACGGGCCCGAGUAUUUCAUCGGUUUCUGGAACAAAAUGAGCAAAUUCGUCCGCGAAAACGCUAAUUCACAGCCGGAUCAGGCCGUCAAAAUGCUCUGCCAUGCCAUCACCACCGUAUGGCCGGAAACGCAUUACCGCGUCGGAAGCUGGAAACAGAGAAUUUUCUACAAUAUUUUGGAUUUCAUGCCGAUCGAAGUUGUAGAUUUAUGUUUCGAGAAGCUGAUGAGGAACCCAGUGGAGCCGAAUGCUUUACUCAAGAGUUGAACGACAUUUUGCUUGCGUAAAGAAUGAAAUGAUGGGGGAAUGAAGUAAGAAUAAACAUGUGUUCCCCCCCCCCCCCGACGUUGACUCCCCGGACUUCCUCAGCGGCGUCCGGAAAGGCUGGGAUUCGGGAAAAGGGAAGCAUACGCAAUUAUCU